AUGUCGCCCCCACCCUCUCCACCCCCGGUCCCUCGCUCCGUCCCCCGUCACGCGCCUGCGGAAGACACCCAGGCCGAGGCGCUCGCCGCGGCUGCGGCACAGAUCGUGUCUGCGCCCCCAAAACGUCUGACGCCUCAAAACGUUAUGCAGUCCGCGCUGCGCCACACGGCGCGCUUCGAUGUGCCCGAGACACCCGAAAUGAGUCCGGCGAACAACGACGUGCACCACCACCCCACCGCCGCCGCAGAGGCAUUCAUGCGCCGCAUCUUUGUCGACUGGAACACCCCGCGCGCGUUCCAGGCAGAAGACGCUGGCAUCGAGCUUAUCUGUGAAGGCUGGACCGGUGCUGUGGCCCAAAAGCUCGCUUCGGCGUCGUCGUCGCAUGGCAAGCAGCGCGAAGCGCCGAUGGAGCCGAGAACGCGUACGCUGUACGUGCACAUGCCGCGCUUUGUCGACCGCUCCGCGCUCCGUGACCACCUGCUCCGCAUCCUCGACGCGGCCUCCGAGCGCCUGUGCGCCGGCCGCGUCGUUUUUUGUCUUGAGCGCAACCUCCCAGACCUCUCGUCUCUGCUACGUGGUCUCUGCUAUGUAGGUGGCCAAGUCACCUCGCUGGCCGGCCAGCCGGACGCAAUCGUCGACGCGCGCCCAAUCCCCGCCUUGGUCUUGGUCUCCGUGGCGUUGUAG